AUGGCAACAUUACCUCCACUGGAUCCUGUAUCUACUCCGCAUUGCUAUGGGGAAGGGAGCAGAAGAUCGGGCAAGUUCGGUGAACGAGGUGAAGCCGAGAAGGUGCUAAAGGUGAAGAAGUUGAUGCUGUGUUGUCAUAUUCAGGCCGAGGCCGAUUGCGCCAUUCCUUUGAGAUGCGACCCAAAGUACAGUCGUGGCCAAACUCGUGCAAGCUGCUCGCAAGGACGCCGGUGUAGAAAGCAUCAUUUGCCCAGGUCGAGCGGUCAAACAGGGAACGUGCUAGCGGCUUGCGCCCAAAGGGUGCAGCUUGGACGCACAGCCUCAGCUGUGCCUUCUCACCCCCAGGCGCCUACCCCAAAGACCACAACAUCGUGGCUGCCUAAGGAACCCUUCGACACCAACAACUCUAUGAUGGCGACUGUACUGCCUGCGACGAUCAUGGCACCGUCAUUCAACCGUCACGCUAGCCAAUGCAUCGAUCCCGAACAAGACUUCUUUGACUUCAACGAGCUCGCCUCACCUGCACCUGCGCACCUCAAGCGCGAGUCGAGCGCCGUCUCGACCGCCACCAGCCCGGCCAACACGCUGCUCGACGAGGAUCUCCAGACGCCUGCAAAGCCCAGCUACGAGUAUGAGCGCUUCAAGCAGCAGACGGGCUACCCGUCUGGCUCCAUCCCCGGCCUCAGCUCGGGCUACAACUCGGGCUUCACCAUGUUCUCGUCCACCGGCUUGGAUGAGAUCAGCAUGAUGAACGACUCGAGCAUCAUGGACGGCGGGUGGAACAGCGGCCUCUCCGUCGACACUGCUAUGCACAUGGGCAUGGACAUCCAGCAACCCGCCUACUUCUACGCCAACGACGCGUCGCAGGACGACUUUGUCGACCCCAGCGUCAUCACCCACGACGAUGUGCCCCGUGUCCGCGUGUACCCCGGACACCAUCAGCAGCAGGCCGCCAAGGCUCAGGCCCAGGCUCUUGCACAGCAGCAACGCCAGCAGCAGCAGCAGCAACAGCAGAUGGCCCACCACCGACAGCAGUCGCAGCAACAGAACCGUCUCCAGCCCCAGCAGGUGAACAGGAAGACGUCGAGCCCUCUCAGCGACGCUCGUACCGAAGAGACCAUCGCGCGCGUCGUUGCUCAGAUCCGCCAGAACAGCCAGAACGCUGCUUUGGCCUCACAAGACGGUCAACAGAACCUCUUGCCUCACAUCAUCCGCGCAAAGAAGGAUGAGGAUGACAUGGACGAGGAUGAGAGGCUACUUGCCUCGGAGGAAGGAAAGAAGCUCAGCUCCAAGGAGCGCCGUCAGCUCCGUAACAAGGUCUCUGCUCGUGCCUUCCGUUCUAGGAGAAAGGAAUACAUCGGUCAGCUUGAAGGCGAGAUUGCUCAAAAGGUCCAAGAAGCAAACGAGCUCCGCACUCAGAACCUUGCUCUCAUGGAGGAGAACACUCGCUCCCGUGCCUUCAUCGAGCGUCUGCUCCGCCACCAGGCCUUCACCCCCUUCCUUGACGAGCUGUCCCGCGAAGAGGGUCUGCAACCCAAGGCGCCUUUGGCGUCUAUGCCUUCGACCUCGACUCCUGUUGUCGCUGCUCCCACACCUGCUCCAUUCCAACCCCAGCAGUUCGGUGGCAUGCCGCGCUCUGAGAACACCCAUGUUGGCAUGACUCUCGUCCCCGAGACUCAGAUCGACUUCUCCAUGCUCAAUAUCAACCAGAACAGCAACAAUGCCAACUGGGGCAUGAACAACGGCUUCAACUUCCAGCAGCCGCGUGUCUACGCUGUUCUCGAGCUCCCAGAGGGCCCAGCCAACCCCCUCGAUGUUGAGGCCAUGUCUGGCAAGGGUUACAGCGCUCUCUUUGCUGCCGAGGACAACGCGUCUGUUGAGGAGACCAAGCCUGACUACCCUGUCAUCGAGCGCCCUGCUCAAUCUCAGAUGCCCGCUGUCGCUGCUUCCAGUGUCGAGGAGGAUGAUGAGGACGAUGAGUACGCUCUCUAUCGCUCUUCGCCUGCCCCGUCUUCCGCCGCCUCGCUCGACAAGGUCUUUGGUACUAUUGUUCCCGAGAAGGUCUUUGCGCACUUCGACCUCGUCGUCUCAGACGAGGCUGAGGAGGUACGGUCAAUGGAGCUUCUCGAGAGGAGAAUUUCGGCCAUGGAACCCUGCUUCCAGAGGAUAGCUGCGAUGACGUCGAUGCUUGAUUUAUAA